GGGCGUGCUCGCGCAUGACGUCACCGCAUCUCGCGCUGAGUCUUCUGUAUACAGAACCGGAGAGUCGGUGGCGCGCCUGGUGCGGUGCAUAGCUGUUAUCCGUCACUUCCGGUUCUGAUGGCUUAGACAGCGACCUGGAUGCUGAAGCUCUUAAAGUAAAUACAUUGGAUUACAAGUUCUCAACCCAAGAGGAGUAGAGGCAGAAGACUGGAUUCCAAUUUACUGACUUUAAGGACACGAGCACAUCCACAUACAACCAUGUCCUAUGUGUUUGUGAAUGAUUCAUGCCAGACCAAUGUGCCUCUGCUGCAGGCCUGCAUUGAUGGGGACUUCAACUACUCCAAGCGGCUCCUUGAAAGUGGCUUUGACCCUAAUAUCCGGGACAGUCGUGGCCGCACUGGCCUGCACUUGGCCGCGGCCAGAGGAAAUGUAGAUAUCUGUCAGCUUCUGCACAAGUUUGGAGCAGAUCUUCUGGCAACAGAUUACCAGGGGAACACAGCACUUCACUUAUGUGGCCACGUUGACACUAUUCAGUUUCUUGUCUCUAAUGGCCUUAAAAUUGACAUAUGUAAUCACCAAGGGGCCACCCCACUCGUCCUUGCCAAACGCAGAGGGGUGAAUAAAGAAGUAAUCCGCAUGUUAGAGUCUCUGGAGGAGCAGGAAGUGAAGGGCUUCAACAGAGGCACUCACUCUAAGAUGGAGACCAUGCAGACGGUUGAAAGCGAAAGGUAUAUCCAAUGCUCUGAGCUGCUAAUGGAAAAGGGGCACAGCACUCUGUCGGAAGGAUCUACAGAAGAAGAUUGUGCUAUGGAAAGCCAUUCCCUCCUGAAUCCAAAUUUGCAGCAGGGAGAAGGAGUCCUGUCCAGCUUCCGCACCACUUGGCAGGAAUUUGUGGAGGAUCUGGGAUUCUGGAGGGUGCUCCUUCUGCUUAUUGUCAUUGCUCUGCUUUCUCUAGGCAUAGCUUACUAUGUCAGCGGAGUGCUGCCAUUUGUGGAGAAUCAGCCUGAACUUGUCCAUUAGAGUAGUGGCGCUGCCCACUUGUCACCCUUUUCUAGCUGUUUUUUUUGCCACUGCUCUACUGGACUGGACCUGUCCUAAUCGUCCUUUCUUCAUUAACUAUUUAGAAGGACUUCAGGAAACUUCUUGCUUACAUGAAGGGUUAUUGAAGGGAUGGACUGUGGGUUUUGGACAAAGA